AUGAACUAUCGACCUGUUGCCAUGACGAAUCCUCGGACAUGCGGCUCUUUGCUCGAGUUAGCGAUCACGCAAACCCUCACACACUACGAUAGUCAUCUAUGUGAAUAUGGACCUAGUUCGGUCCCUCUCACAUACGAUCUGACGCCAGUGCUGUUUGCACCAAUGGGUACAAACUUCGCUCUCUGA